GGAAGUUGUAGUUUUAAUGUGCCUUAAGCCUCACUUCCCAGUCAACCACCCAGCUGGAAGUUUAUUCCCGUUAAAGCAAACUCGACAAAUGGAUUGGUGCACCGUGUUGCUGUGGUGUUUUCUGCCACUUUACUUUCUUCUUCACCUUCUGUGUUUCAUUUCCGCGGACGCAGACUUCACUCUGCUCUGGGCAAGUCUGACAGGACACAGACCAGGUGUAGUUAACAUUUAUUUCCCGUGUGUGCACCAGAGUACCCUUGUGCAGUUUGAAAAGAUGGAGAGAGAGUCAGUGCUCUUUCAUGAGCUCUAAUAUUGUGAGAAAGUGGAAACAGUUGAACUAUUUAACAGCAGUUAACUACAGUUUUAUUUUGAUCCACUUCUGGGCUCGUCAGACAUUAGACUACCUGAAAAAGAUGUGUUGCACAUUUCACCAAAGUAGCUGCACUUUCAUGCACAAUAACUGGUGCAUGACAGGUCAAAGUCUCUUAAGUGCUGUUAAACUUUACUGAAAAGACACUUAAUCAUUAAAAAGGCGAAGUCGUCCAUAACCAAAAAUCAUAAGCGUCAAACACUAUUUAUUGUAUUUAUUGUUCAGUGCUCUUUUCAUCAGAGAGAAUUUAGUUAAUUUCUAGACUGUAAAAUGUACCAAUUUUGGUCACAAAAAUAUUUUUGAAGUCUGUCCAUUUGUCCUAAUGUUUAUGUCCAGAAAUGAAUGUACACAUAUUUUGAUUUGUGUGUUUAUAUCAUCGUAUUAUUAUUUAUUAUGACAAACUGAAAAUUGCAUCAGCCUCCAGAAUUCAGUAUUGGUCGGGCAUUCAUAAGUACUAAUGGGGAUGUCUAGAAAGCAUUUUGCUCUCAAAGGUGGUCAUAACUGAUUUAGCAGUUAUACUUGGGUGGUAAUGUCAUCCUUACACAAGCUCUGAUGUUACACAAAAUAAAGCUAAAACACUUAACUCUCUAUUUCUGGCUGAACUUCUGUGGUAGUAUUGUUCACACAAAGAAACAAUGAAGCCCAUAUUGUUGUUGAGUAGUUUCAGAUCCAGUGAUUGACAUUUAAUGUUGACUGUUGUGUUUCCAGAGAAAAAGCUGAGAGGGCUGGUGGUGUGGGUCACUGGGGCUUCCAGUGGUAUUGGAGAGGAGCUGGCCUAUCAGCUGGCCCGGUGUGGGUCACGACUCAUCCUGUCAGCUCGACGUGAGGAUGAGCUAAAAAGGGUGAAACAUCAGUGUUUAGGUGGGGUAUUUUAUAAUUAUACUUUUAUGCUGAUUUGCAUCAUGUCGCUUGAGAAAGCUUCUAAAUUCUGACCAGUUUUAUAUCUUACACUCUGCACAUCUCUAGUUGUGGUGCAUAAUUGAAAUGUAGCACAUUGACAACAUUCUAAACAUUUAUCAAAAAUGUUUUUCUUUCUUGCAGGAAGCCUUCCCUCCCAAGUGCAAUAAAAUUCAUAUAGAUUUUAGUACUUUGCUUCAAUUUAAAGUGAUCGUAUUGUGUCAUUUAUUUCUUCAGAGCGCUCUGACCUCCAGGAUGAGGAUAUUCUUGUCCUCCCACUCGAUUUGUUGGCGAGGACAACACAUGAAGAAAAAACAAAAACUGCUAUCCAGUACUUUGGACAUGUAAGAGCACCACCAUUGAUAUUUUAUAAUUCAAUACUUUCUCUCAGUGUUUUUCAAAUAUUUUUUCUAAUUGCAGUGUAUUGACCACAUUCUAACUUUGUUGUUUCCUCCCUUGUUAUUCGGGCUGUGUUGGACACUUGGCUCUGAUUGGCUAUAACAGCAGUCUAAUAAUCACUGAUAACGGACCUUUUAAGUUGUAACUAACAAAAUCAGACUGUUGCUGCCCCGAUCAGAGACUCUGGCAGACUAUGAGUAAUCAUAUCAAUCUGUGUAAUGAAGUUGGUUUGAUUUGAUGUGCCUUUUGUUUGCUGUCCAGUUAAAAGAGGUUAUGAUUCAGAUCCCUUUUCUCCAUGCCCUUUCAGAUUGAUGUCCUCAUUAACAAUGGUGGCAGAAGCCAGCGCUCUCUGUGCAUGGAGACCAGUGUUGAUGUAUUUCAGGCUUUGAUGGAGCUGAACUUCCUGGGUACAGUCUCCAUCACCAAACAAGUGCUGCCCCACAUGACCCAGCGGGGCACUGGGAGCAUUGUGACUGUGAGCAGUAUUGUUGGCAUUGCUGGAGCGCCGCUGUCGACCGGAUACUCAGCCACCAAACACGCUCUACAAGUAAACAGAUUACAGAACAGUCUGAAGUGCCAAUUAUAUAUAUUUUUUCCAUUUAACCUUUCUGUCGUUGUAUGUCAGUGUGUGCUGAUAAACUUUCAAGGAUUUAUGAUUUUUAGGGAACCUUAUUUUUGUUGCUAACAAAAAGCUGCAUUUAUUUGCAUUCCUGCGUAAUGAUUGUGGUAAUUCCGAGGUAAAACAUUUUGUUCCAAGUAAUAAGCUGUCCAGGUUUGUGUACACUUUUAUUUCCUGUUUUUUUUUUUUUGUUUGUUUUUUUUACCUUAGGGCUUCUUUAAUUCCCUGAGGACUGAGCUGACUGACUUCCCCAACAUACUCAUUAGCACUGUGUUACCAGGGCCCGUGCAGUCACUUAUUGUCCAAAAUGCCUUCACAGAACAAAUAAACAAGGUAAUACAUUUUAUAUGUUAUAAAGCUAUAUUUGAUAUGCGCCUUUUCAUAUGACAGUAACUAUUGUUAUUAUCAAAGUGUGUUUGCCUUUGUAUUGAUUCAUCCCUCUGUUACCUCAGCCUGUGACCUCAGCUGGUAGUCAAGAACACAAGAUGCCAACAAGUCGCUGUGUGCAUUUAAUGCUGGUGGGCAUUUCCAAUAGAAUCAAGGAAAUGUGGAUUGGACAGCAGCCUUUCCUCCUGUUUUUCUACACUUGGCAGUAUGCUCCUACAAUUGCCUGGAUUGCUACAAACAUGUUGGGCAGGAAAAGGGUACAGAAUUUUAAAGCUGGUCUGGUAGGUGCAUAUAUAUUUUUUAUUUUUUACCCAAGAUAAGACAUUACUUGUGAGAAUUAGCUUCGAUAAUCUUAGAACGUCUAAUACCCCAGUUUCUGGUCGAACACCUCUAUUGAUAGUUAUUGCAAUAUUCUGUAUAUGAUGCUUUUAUGCCCUCUAAUCAAGAUUAAAAACUUCAUGCAGUCUGCUAAUGAAAAUUUUUAUAUUCAUAUUGUAAUUUUAAAGUUAAUCUCGUACCCCUCAAAAUGAGUGUUUACCAAGUGCAUUGAGUCAAUUAAAAGCAUCUAAACACAUCAAGAGCACAAAGAAUAAUACUGAAAUAUGAACUAGACACCAGCAAAUGAUGUGACACUACAAACCAUCACAGGCAACAGGAACUUCUCACUCCUCCAGACUCUAGGACCUUGAUUUCUAAAUGAGAUAUAAAAUCAGCAUUCAUGUGUAAAGAGGACUUUGGACCACCAAGCAUCAGUCCAGUCCUUUUUCUCCAUCUCCCAGGUAAAAGCAUCUUACAUGGUCUGUUGUCCAGGAGUGGCCUAAUGUUAGGAGAGCAACAGUGUAGUCUUGAAGACGGUGCUUGGUGGCCUUUCAUGCACUGACUCCAGCCUCAGUCCACUCUUUGUGAAGCUCUCACAAGUUCUUGAAUCAACUUUUCUUGACACUCCAUUCAAGGAUGUGGUCGUUCUUGGAACUUGUUACACUGUCCCUGAUGCAGCUUUUUUUUCAAGUUGACUUUCUAUUAAUAUGUCUCUACAGCGCUUUGUGAACAGCCAGCUGUUUCAGCAGUGACCUUGUAUGGCUUACCCUCCUUGUGAAGGGUGUUGUCUUUAGGACAAGUCAGCAGCCUUAUGGUUGCGGUUGCAUGUGCUGAACGAGAUUAAGAGAUACGUGGUAUUUAAUCUGUGAACAAAGUGAUUGACAUAGUAUCCAACCAACAGGAAGGGUCACUGGGGUUAGGGCAAAUGCAGGGUAAUUCAUGUAACCACCUCACAAGUGCUCUAGAUUUGAAAAGGAUGUAUGUAUUGUACUCGUAAGUAGCCUCAAUGUUUAUUUUCUUGGGUAGCAGUCAAAAAUAAGUGCUAACAGUUCAACCUUUUUUUCCCAGGAUGCAGACUCUGCGUACUUCACAAAACCCAAGACCGCCUGAAAGACAAACACACAAAAGGAAACGAAUUUACUGCAUUCCCAAAGUUCAAACAGGAGAAAGCGAUGUUUUUUUUUUUUUUUUGCUGUGUUUUAAAGUCUUUGCUUUCUAUGAAACAGAAAAGAUGCAAUGGUUACUGUCAUGUCAGAGCCAUGACAAGUUUUGGCAAAUAAGUACUCUUUUAUUUUGUUAUGAUUUUAUAUCAUAGUUAAUUAAUACCUUGAUUUUUCUGUUUGUCAGAACAUGUUUAUACUCCUGUUGUCAACUUCUGAGGAAAGGACUUGCAUGGAUGUAAAUCUGCUUAUGGAUUUAACUUGUACUGAGCUUUGAAAUUCCCAUAAAAUUUGGAUAAAAUGAAUGUAAAAAUAAAAUAAAUAAAACUCAGUUUCCUCCAAGCCUUUUUUAUUAUAAGUAUAUACAGUUUCACAUAGAAAAAUCUAUAUGUACAGGAGACUAUGGAUAAAUUUAUAUCUUUCCAUACAUAAUUGUAAACAAGUGAAUUGUAAACAGAACGACAGCACUAUACACUUUACACAUACAGCAAGACAUACCCAAGGCACAUCCUUGAUAUCAUAACAAAACAUUAAAAUUCUUCUCCCGUUUUUGUGGAUAUCACCUGAAAAUUUUGAGAUCGAAAAAAGUACGAUAACUCCAGAGGUAAACAGCAGGUGUCUUCUUGAGGGUGGCUGGGCAAAUGUGUUCACUUCUUUUUUUAGCACAGACAUCAAUAAACAAAGCACAAAAACAUGGGUGCUUUUCAAAACACAAAUGUUCAGAGGGAAUUGUUCUUUUGAAUGUGCUCUUCUUGGAGGUAGUCUACAUGGCCAUUUAGAAUCUGCUGACUUGCACAAGAAUGCAGCGUUGGUGCCACUGCUCCCUCCCCUUUGGUGUAGGGCAAAAAGCACCUAAGAGUGAAAUUAAUGUAAAAAAAAUGAUAAUAAGGUCCCCACACAAACAUUCUUCUUUUGAAGCCACGUGAGUUGACAGUUUCAUGAGUGAAAUGUCAAAAGUAUUGACAGUUUUUUCUUCACUUUGAUAUUGUUUCAACAAAAUCCUCUUCCAAUACGAUUAACUUUGGAAAUGGACAUUUUGCUCAGGCCGAUCUGGUCAGCAGAAACGACAGUCAGAGGCAGGGGAAGUGGAGGGGGGCUGAGGAGUAAAUGGGAUACCCUAGAGGGGGAUCUGCUGCCUGAACAGUUAGGUUCCUUAGCAUGAAGGGGUGAGCCUGGAUGCUGUAACGCUCCUCAUCAUCAUUGGUGGCAUACAGGAGCUCCCAGGAAAGGUUGGCCCACUGUCCCCGUACACCCUCUCCGUUCAGACGGCCCAAAUGUACCAGCUGCUCCUGCAGGGACAGGACACGCCCGGUGUAGGUACCCUGAAAAAUAAGUGGAAGUUAAAAUGUAUUUGCUUUGAAUCGUAAUUUUUUAGUAACAUUACAAUGAAUUCUUUGAUCACUUAACCUGUAGUCAUUUUUACAUUUUAACACUGUUAGAUUGUGUAAAAAGAAGUGGGGAUGAUUACCAUGGUGAGAUCGUGUCCAAGAGAGAAUAAAAAGGGUUUCUCCUGGAGGACACUGUCAUGCCAGCCUUUCUCUGUCACUAAGCCAAUGUACCAGUCCCUUUCAUAUUCCUCCAAAGUGUUGAACAGCUCUUCGGGGGACUCCAUCGGCCCAAGACUUGCUUGAUCAAACAGCAACUUAAAACUGAACCUGGAGGCAAAAAAGUCCAUUUGAAUAACCAUCUCUAUUUCUGGAAUUAAUAAGCUUGACUGCUAUUACUUGCCAAAACAUAAAAUCUACAAACUUUACCUGAAAGCACGAAGUGCAAGCUGGUAAAGUUCUUUACUUGAGGAGAGCCAGUUAAGUCCUUCCGUCCAUGGUACAUCCCCACAAUAGAGUCUAUAGACGUAACUUGGGCUGGUGAAGGAGGACUCUGCCCCUAGAGAGAUAAGACAUGAAAGUGCGACUUGUGCAUGCAACUCUUUCAAUGUUUCAUCCUCCUUCAGGGCCUUGGUCAUGUCCUCUGAGGUCUCACUUUGCACUGUGGGCCCAAAACGUCCCAGGGUGAAGCGAAACCAGUCCUCAGGAAACAAAGGCUUGAGCUGCAGCAAGCGAGAAGGUAGUAAAGGUGCUGUCCUCCACCCUGUGGGUAGGUUGAACACCUCUGACUGAGGGCAGCUGAAGCACAGCUGAGGGAGAGAGGUGGGACCCUCUCUGAAGACCUCUGGGUUAUGGCCUUUGUCAACUGCUGGCAUGCCGAUGCCCAGACCCAGAGGCUGCAGCGGCUGCAGGGCAGAUAGAGCCAUGUUUUCAAACAGACUGUCCAUCUCCACAGAGCCAGGCAGAGAUGCUCCCGUCUGUAGAGCCGUGUGUCUAGGCUGGACCUCUGCAGUCACUAAAGCCACAGUACGUCUAGCUGGUUGAGGUCCAAAUAAGUCAUCCUCGUCUGACCAGUCACCAAAGGAGGUCAAACUGGAGCUGUCCUGUCUAAACCUGAGAGAUGAAACAUUAGAUUCCACCAUUACAACCUCAGGUGGCUGGUUACAAGUUGUAUGAGCCAGCGUGGAGGACUGAGACUUCCUGCCCCCAGCUCCUGGCCCUUCCUCACUGCUCCACAGAAAUCCUUUGUGCUUCUGCACACAGUAUCGAAGGAGCAACCAGAUCAGGGCUUUCAGGAAAUCAUCCUGAAGUUUUCUCAAGUUAUCAUGAGAGUCAAUGAUCCCGGAAAGCACGUUGCGAGCAUCAGAGUAGACUCGAACUGCUAGAGCAGCGCAAGGCGUGAGAGCAUUCCCCCAGUGCAGGUUGAAGCCUUGGGUGAAACCGAGCCGCUCAGGACGCUCAAAAGCAGCCUCAAACACCUCAUCAACCCUGCGGGCCUCCACUGUGUGGCAAGAAGUUUCCUGCAGCUCCAAACCCUAAAAAAAAACCACAAACACAUUUUUUUUAAGAAGUGCAUUGGAAUUAGGGAUGCAUCGAUCCGAUAUUUGGUUCGGAUAUCAGCUCCAAUGUUGACAAAUUAACUGGAUUGGAAAUCUGAUGAAUGACGCUGAUCCAGCGUUCCAAUCCGGUCUUUUUUUUAAUUUAAUUAAUAUUAUACACAGCAACACAGGGAUUCUGUUCGCUUUAUAUUCUAUGUCUGUCUAUCCUUUUGCACUAAAUGUUUACAUGGAAAUCUCACUUCUUUUUGCUCUGUGCUAAUGUGCAAUUUGUUAUUUCUUGAUAAAUAAUAUAAAGUAAAUGUAUAUCUGUGUUAAUUUGUUACCUUUUUUCGUCAAGCCUGAUGCCUUCAGUCACAGUGCAAGGUAUACAGUUCACUCAUUCAACAGUAGGAUUGGAUCGGUAUCAGAUAUCGGCCGAUAUACUCAGCCCAGGUAUUGGUAUCGGAUUGGAUCAGGAAAAAAUGAAUCGGUGCAUCUCUAUUUGGAAUCUAUCUGUGUCAAGAGUAACUAAACUGGAAGCAACUUUUCGCUUUUGGGUUGUCACAUUCAUCUAUAAAUAUAAACACUCAAGAAUUUGUCUAGAAAAUUGGGUACAGCUGUGUGAGCCGAUCACACCAUGUAUAAACAAAUGUUCUGUGGUUUUUUAGAGAGAAAGAAUGAAAGAAAAUGAAAACCAUACCUUUCCACCAAAUGACCUUCUUCUAUUUACAAUUUUAAAAAGAAGGCUCCCCUUUCUUUAUUCUUUUUUGAACUGAAAACAUCCCAUGCCCUUUUGUAAAUUUUGUGGUUCUACUGCAAGAAUCUUAAAAAAAGAUUGAUCCCUUCAGGGGUUAUCUACGUUUAAAUUUCAAUGUGACUUCAAAUAAAGACACAAACAUGGACAGAUUAUUCUUGUUGCACAAACAGAAACAACCAGUACCUUAAUGUUGACAGUACAGUAACCAUAUCCUCUCUCCAGGAUCAUUAUCCAAACCAUUCGGUCCUGAAAGCGGCCUAGAAAAUGAGAGCCGGGGGCGAUGGAACCUACAGAGGGGAGAGAAAAUCAUCAGCCAUGCAUGUAACUUGUCAAGAGAUGUGGUGUGUAAAUUGAGAGCAAGAAGGACGUAAAAAAAUACAUACAUAUAUAUAUAUGUAUACUGUAUAUAUAUAAAUAUAUAUACACAACAUGUAACAGUCAUCAGUAAGGGACCUUUGGUGUGCAUCUCUUUCAUUUUGCAUCAGCUGUGUAUCCCUGUGCUGACGAUACAGAUAAGACGGUUCCUGGAAUCAUGCGCCAUCACAGCUGUUCAGGAAGAUCAUGCAUCAUUUUAACCGGCUGACUACACGGAGAUCUAAAUAUUGAAUCGGUUCUUGACCCUAGAUCUCCAUUAGCCUCCUAAAACUCCUCUUUUAACACAGUAAGAGUUUUUCAUUUAUGAGUGCCAGAUGUUUAUUUCAACACAUAUGGACAGAAACAGCAAGGUGAUGGAGUUUUUUGUUUUAAGUCAGCUCCUGCUUGCUUGGCUCAAGAAUAAUGUCAUGUCCCAUAACGGCAUCUCAGAAUAGUCCCUGCCGCUACCUCAUGAUGGGAAGUGACACGCUGGGCAAACUGCUUUCCUGCUCACUGGUUCACAGCCCCCAGUGUGAGCAGAGCGGAGCAACACUACAAACUGCCAUCAGUAGAGUGAGAGCAUCGACCUUACAAGCGCUUAUUCUGAAUUAUACAUUACAACUACGGCCCUUCAAGAUAGAAAAUAAACAAAGAUCAAAUGGUGACAUCAACUUCAGCUGACUUACACAGUCUUGAACCAUCAAUCCAUAAAUAAUGAUUCACAUCUACUGUUUUUUUCCAACCCCCCCUCCCUCCUGAGCAAGUGCAGAACCAAAUCCUUGCAGUGGCUGCAUUUGGCCUAAGAGUAUUACGCGGUUAAUGGUGCGGAAACAUUUGGAUGUAAUGAAUACAGAUCAGAGCGAUUUUUUUUGGGUCACUUCACAGGAAGCUUAACUGGAUCAUACGAGCUCACAUUACUGCCAGCAAUUCUGAAGAGCUGCUCCCAACAACAUUCCUCUUACUAUUAAACCAUAUGAGUGUACGGUUCAGUGGCCUUUGAUCUGCAUACACAGCCCCUGCUUGACCCAAAGGAGUGAUCAGUCACUGCAAUUAUGGCACAAGUCAAAACACAAAGUAAUGACAACAAUAUACACUUUUGUAUACCGCUCCACAUCUAUAAGCUAGUAUGUGUAGUUCUGUUGAAUGUGAUUUACUAAAAGGGCAAUGAGGUCACCCCAUUAUAUUUAUGAAUUGCAAUUUAUUAAACUUUUAGAUGACACAUCUGUUAUCAAAUAAGUUAACUAAAUCAAAGUCCAAAUCUUUUAAUUAAGCCCUCAUUUCAAAUAUCAAGCAUGUGCUGGUUUAAGCCCUUCAGUCUAAAAACCUGCAUCUUAUUUUGUUAUGUAUGAUCACAAGUAAAAGACUUGAAUGGAUUUGGGCUGUUAAUCAGAGACAAGAAACAUUUCAAGAUGUUAAAAGAGCAUUUUUUUCUGAAUCAGCAGAUUGAUUCAUAAUAAGAUCAUCUUUAAAUGAAGCCCGAGACUGAAAUAUAUUUCUAUGUCGUCAAUCACAACUCAAGUUAUAUUAGCAGAUCUUGGGAUUACUAAAUAGUGAACACUUAACGUUUAGGAAAGUCAAUGAAACAGAAACCAUUAACAGCAUUGAUAUCAAGUUCAGAAUACUGACCCAGUGACCCCCUUGCAAAAGCCUUCCUCAGAGCAGAGGCCAGACUCCCACUCAUCUGCUGGUAGAAGAUUGAGUCUGGGCAUGGACAGGCAGUUCCCACAGGGCCCGGCCAACUGCGCUGAGGCCUGGGGAAACCUACCAGGAAGAUAGGCAGGGUAAAGAGAGGCAGCAGAGGGGCAGACAGGAGGGCAGAGAGGGUCACCACCGCCAACAGCAGCGGGCACAAGGAGGCAUUUAGAGCCAAGAGAGUCCCCGCAGACUGACGACGCUGCUUCUUCUCUGUCCACGACGUCACCAACACCGUCAGACUAAACUUUAGCUUGGCAAGGAACUGAGCCAGUCUGUCAAAUAGGAGGCCCACCUACGUCAGAAACACACAAGCAAACAUGACACACUAAUCUACUGAAGUGACAUUAGAUGAUGUUAAAGGAAAGAACAGUAUGCAUGAGUGAUUAUGCUCAACUUUCACUCUCCUUCAUGUAACUUGAUCAACUUCAAGUUUUUUAUUCUAAUAUUCAUGAAAAAAACUAAAUAUUUUAAUUUGAACUGCAGAUUUAUACAUAUAUAAGGUUCGGGUGGUUACUAAAGUCAGACUUGUAGGCCUAUCACAGGUAAGAGAAACAAAUUAUGGUCACAGAAUUUAAUAGAAAAUCAUAAUGACGGCAUGUCUGGUUUACAGGAUGAAGACAUUAACUAAUUUUCAGGUUUUGUCAUGAAGGUCCUGUUUGAUUUCAUGUAGGAGCCCUCUCUCUCCACUGUUACAUGUGCAAGACAGAAACAUGGCGGCACUUUUUUUGACUGCUUUCUAGCUUAUGCGAAUGAGGAUGCCAGUCCUGAGCUGUCAAAGCCACAAAGUCCUGUGAAAGUGGACGAAUCUACGACGAUUCUUAGUUGACUUGGUGCACUUGUUUUAAGUCAGCGUCAAAUAGUCAAUACUUAUUUGCCCUUAUUUAAGCCUAUAUAGGUGUCAUGUAUAACCAAGCUAUUCUUAUGGGGGGAAAAAGAAAAUUUAAUCACCAGAAGAAGCUGAACUCCAGUCCCCAGGUUGUUCCACCCUGACAGCAUGCUGUUUCCAGCUACAAGCUGCAACAAGACCACUACGACCAUUUGCAGCAGAGCAUCCUCUGAACUCUGCCACACCUGAAACAAAGAGGAACCACUGUAAUGAGAAUGACAGGGAUUUAUCUUCUGUAUACCUUAGUUCUAAAAUCAGUUUAUUUUACAUAAUAUGAGACAUGAUCUAUUCACUCAAAAAAAGCUUGGAAUUUUGCUGGUUAUGUAAAGAAUCUGCCCAGGGAUACAAAAAAAACAGAAUUCCUUCUUUGUAACUACUUUCCCCCCCCGUGUAUGAUAACACUGAUGCUAAGAUCUAGGGCAAGAGUGAGUGUGAACAUACCACUCUAAAGGCUCGUGUGAAUCCCACACUGAGGGAAACCCUGUGAAGCAGCUGCAGAGAUUUGUCCAUAGAGAGGAAUGCAAUCAUUGCAAAUGGAGACACUGAAAGGAAAGGGUAAACCCAGGUAAAAGACACAUUUACAUUUGGAACACUGUUGUGUUCACACAGAGAGGAAACUAUCUAGCCUGGCUGGGCCAUCCAGUUGCGUGAAUCACUUGCCGUUCCUUCCCACAACAGUCUGGACAAUUGGGAGCCCUAAAAGUGGGCGGGAGUACUUUCCUUGAUAGACAGACUACUGUAACCAAUCACCGUAACCAAACAUCUGACGUCAUCACAGUGCGCAACUGUGUUCCCUGCUGGGCUCUCAAGCAUUAAGUAAAGGUUUGGUAAUAUUUCAACGUGUGCGAGCAAACAAUGUCUUUUACGUUUUCUUUUGCAGAUAUAAACGAUUUUUGCCGACUUUGCAAAGUCAACUGCAGAAUUAACGGCGUUCUGAAUGAACGGCGCUUUGAAAAGUCCCGCAGCAUGUGUUAGACGUCUCCAUCUACACAUGGACCAAUCAAGGGCUGCCUUUCCCUGUUGUCCGGGGAACAGUGGAAACACAGUCACUGAUUGGCCCGGUUAUUUUCUGAUUUCUAAUACACACUCCAAAUUGGUUGAAUUCCAGACUGUUGUGGGAAGGAACGGCAAGUGAUUCACGCAACUGGAUGGCCCAGCCAGGCUAGAAACUAUCUGCCUUGAAACACACACUUUAAAAAGCUCACCAAAACAAAGAAGGACUCUUCUGAUUGCUGCUGCAACAUAGAGUCCUCUGCUCCUCUGCUUGAAAGUCUGCACACUGGACAUUCCUUUAGGGUACAAGGGAUUGAGGAACACCCCUCCAAAUAUAUAUGCUCCUUGGAUCUCUCUGAGAGCCCAGCAAAGGCAGAAGAGUACAAGGAUAAGGUAGCUUACAGGGGCCUGGGGUUCUGUACCAAAGCUCUGUGACUGAACUGAGCCAAGGAAGUGAUGCAACAGCCCUCCCUCAACCAUUGCCACUAGUAGAAGGCUCAAAUAGAGCAGCAGCUCCCUACAGCCCAGUUUCCAGCCAAAGGAACAGGGAGGAGGAGGUGGAGACGCCCCUCUGCGAAAUCCACAAUCCCCAAAGGCGGCCCCGGGACCUCUGCAGAGAGUGCCAACCUGGCUGAGGUCCAGGCUCAGCAGAAAUCCCGUAGAGAUGGAGAAGAGAACCACACCCAGUGUUGAUGGGAUGAAGUAAUUACACACAGCUACACCAGAGGAUACACCAAACAUCAACAGCAGCCUGUGGGACAGAGUGCACACAAAACGUUACAGGCUGCUUGUCAGACUUGUCAUUUAAAUGAGACUAUUAGCAUCUGAUGAGGACUGGUUUCUAACAACAUAACCACGGUGCAAAUGAUCAAACACACGAAGCAACUGCUUUUAAACUUGUAAUGGGAACUCUUGGGCUCUUUAGUUUGAAGAAUAAAAGCAGAAGCAUUGUAUCUCUCAAAAAUAUUAGAUAGAUUUAGAAAAAAAAAAAGCUCACAUAAUACACAUUAUGUUUCAAGCAAAACAUCAAAUUUCAUGAUGACACGAAUACCUAUAUAAGCGCUAAAGGAUAGACAGGAUUUAUUGGUUGAUUCAAUUAGUGUUUGCAGCUUUUAAAAAGGUAAUUAUGGAUGACUACUCCCUUUUGCUCUUACGUUUAAUGUAUUUAUCUCACAUAAAUACAUUCAGAAGGGAUUGAUUGGUUUAAUUAUCAGAUUUCCUGCUUUUCUUUUUUUAUCUCUUGACGCAGCCUGGAAGUAUUAAGUUCUUGCAGUAUAUCAGAAAAAUAAUGUCGAGUAAUUUGUCAUCAUCGGUGUAAACCUGCUUAUUAAAGCUAAGUAUGAAAAAUAUUGCUUUGACACAUACCUCAGGUUGCUGGACAUGGGUGAGCCUCCUAAUCCAAACACAAGGGCCUGCUCCAUUCCCCAGAGGAGCAGGGCAUCCAGGGGGGGAAGUAUCCCAAAAGCCCACAGCAGAGGUAGAAAAAGGAACAGCACAUGGAGAACCUGGCUGGCCAGCUGGAGCUCAGGAGCAGGGCCUGAGAACCUGAAUUAGAGCAAGACACCAGGAUUUAUUAAAGAGGGAGCAAUGAAAAAUACAGUAGAGGUCUUCAUGAUUAAUCACACUAUGAUUAAUAAUUCAGUGCUGUUGCUCACCUCUCAGCCAAGUCCACAGCAAUGAAGAUAAAAAUAUAGAGAGGACGGGUGAGAGGGGUGAUCUCAUAAGUGUCCUGUGCCUGAAAAGUGGCCGUUUCUGUGGCUGUAUUUACAAUGAGGGAAUACUCAGCUAUACACAAUGUCACCCAACUCAGGACAAAGACGACCACAGACACAGCGAUGCUGCCAUAGAGAGCUGUCAGUCUGCCAAGGAACACAUACCAUGUCCCAAAGCUACAGAGCAUCCCAGCUAGUGCCGUGUGCAGAACCACAUUCAGCCCAAACCGCUUUCCAGGGGCAAUGAAUCUGACUGUCUCUGGGCUGACACAGUGGGUGAAUUCCACUUCCUCUUCAUCAACCAGGAUGUUGGGAGCACCAAGUCUCUCCACAGCACCACUCCGUCGGGCAGCAUACAACGCAAGGGCCUGGACACCUGCUCCAGCCCCAAACAUCAGCAAACCAGAGAGGACUGUGGCGUGAAGCUCCUGAAGCAGCUGCAGCUGGCAGAGCAGAGUACCAAUUCCCCCAAAAAGCCAUGGUGUCAAGAACAAGACUGCCUGAUUGACAUAGACAUAUGGUGGGGCGCAGUAGCCCAACUUGAAGCGUGGACCCCCCAACACUGUCUGGGGGAAGCGCUUCCAGAAAAACUCCUGCUUGUACUCGUUAAGAAGGGGCACAUCUGGCCCCAUUCUGACCAUUCCCAAAGGGCUGGCAGGUCAUCUCCACACAGCCAAAGGAUGGUGCCCAUUCAUCGUUUCAUACACAAGGGAGCUGUCUGUAAGGAAACAAAUAAGUGGUUAGUUUAUGUAGGAAUAAUUUCAAUCCAAGCAGAAGACAUCAAUGAAAUAAAUAAACAGUUGUCAUUGCAGUACUGCUGUUGACUUUGUUUGAACCUGUAAUGUUGUGACAUUACUCAACUUUAUUUGUAAAGCACUUUAAAACAACCACAGCUGAACAAAGUGCUGUACAUAAAUAGACAAAACAACGCAGACAUAAAAAACAAUCAAAACAAGGGAUAAAAUAAAAGCAGAUAUCAAAAAGUAAAAUAUAGUUUCAAUGUUUUUAAAAACUAAUUUAAAAACAUAGAAAAAAAUAACUAAAAACGAAACAUAAAACACUAAACCAGGAGAUGAGUCUCAUGCAGGGUUGAAAGCCAAUGAAUAAAAAUGGGUUUUAAGACGAGUUUUAAAAAUGGACAGUGCGGGGGCUUGUCUGAUUUGGAGGGGUAGCUCAUCCCAUAAUUUUGGGGACGCAACAGAAAAAGAUCUAUCCCCUCUGAGCCUCAGUUUGGACCUCAGUACCUCCAGGAGCAGCUGAUCAGCUGACCUGAGGCAACGAGCAGGGGUGUAGGGGUGGAGAAGCUCAGAAAGGUGAGAUGGAGCCAGACCAUUUAAAGAUUUAAAAACAAAUAAAAGAAUCUUAAAAUGAACUUUAAAAUGCACAAGUAACCAGUGGAGGAAGGCCAGGAUGGGAGUAAUGUGCUCCCUCUUACGUACUCCAGUUAAGAGCCAGGCGGCUGCAUUUUGUACUAUCUGGAGAGGUGAGAGGGAGGACUGGCUGACUCCAAGGUAAAGUACGUUACAGUAAUCCAUCCGAGAUGUAACAAAGGCAUGAAUGGCUUUGCCUUAGCCAGCUGCCUAAUAUGGUAAAAGCUGGAUUUCACUACAGAGCUAAUUUGCCUGUCAAAUUUAAAAUCACUGUCCAUUUUAAAACCCAAAUUUGAGAUGGUUGGCCUUAAAUAGUCUGCUAAAAUACCCAAGUCUACAGGAGGGGAUUCACAUUAUACAAACACUGUUUUAAAAUCACUACAGUAAUCUAUUUUGAUGGCAGUAUUUCAAUGAUUCAGGUAUUACUGCACCCAUCGCAAGUCUGGAGAAAAUACUACUUAUUUAAACUUCCCAGUGUAUGCCUUACACAACAUAAAAAUGCUAUCAGAACUACAAAAAACUAUCAUGUGUUAUUGCUUAUGUACACACUAACCAGCCAUAAGAUUAUGAGCAUUGGAGGCAAUCUAAUGCAACGCAAUACAAAAGUCCUGAAAUAAAUUCUACUUUCACAAAGCUUCCACUUCAUUCUCAGUUUUUGUUUACAUGGUACAAGAGGUUAUGGUUGUUUUUGGAGUUAAUUUUGAAGCUGAAGUUGGUGUUGGUGGUGUACAGGAGUGCAUUUGCUACUUGGUGUGCUUAGCAAUAACAACAAAAACUAAAACCUGGCCUUAUGGCUACAGCAGGGGAAAAAUGUCGAGAAACCCUGACAUUGUUGGACAUUGUCGACCCUCUCGGUGAACUAACUGUAAAAUGUAAACCAUAUUAUGACUGUAUUGGAAAUAUCAUUUAAUAACAACGCAAUCUCCAAUAUCUUAAAUAUUUGUUCAGCACAUGCUGGAUAAGACAGGAACAAAUGCGACUGAGAUGCCAUGAAAACACAUCACAGAGGUAACACCAGUAGCUUGUGGAUGCGCUAAAUGGGCUCACAUGCUUAAGCUAGCAACAGGACAUACAGUCAACCCUUUUGUGAUACUAACAAGGUCACUCUAAAGAAGUAAAUUGUUUUCUACACCUGACCGAGUGCUAUCAUUUUACCUAGCUUGUCAUGUUAUUGUUAGCUAGCGAUGCCAACAAGUCCACUCAGCCUGACCAUCCGUUAGCUUGCUACCACUGACGGAUAAAUAACAGCAGGCUGAAAACCUGUCGGGUGGCUGACGGAGGAAAAACUUACCUAUGACAACAGGGUAGCAAUCUUUAGGUGUGCUUGGAGGAAUAGUUCACGAUACAGGCAAGAAUUUGGGGAAAAAGAGCAGAAAUCGUCAGCGUUAAGGUUAGCUGCGAGCUAACAGCUUCAAAGCCUGGCAACAUCAGCAUGAUACA